UUAAAUGGAAAACCUAAAUUCUAAUUCUAGAGUUUUAGUCUUUGCAUGCUGCUGCUUCUUUCUGUGUUCUAAGUGAAAUGGCGCCCCUCACUUCUCAUCUCCCUCUCACUCAAUCUAUUCUUAAGCAUACUGUGAGUAAAUGAGUUUUUGCUUCUUUUUUUUUCCAGAUUCUCAAUAUUUAGAUAUUAUUUAUUUGUUUGUAUUGUUUAUUUAUGCGCCUCAUUUUUUCCAGAAUCUUAUAUUUUCAUUGUUUAUUGAUUCUUCCUUUGUUUCUUUGUUCUACUAUCAUUUUUCAUUCAUCCACACAGACCUGAGACCAUGCCAAGUCGCCAACAGUUCUACAUUCCAAAUCUCAAGUGUUUUUAGGAGUUUUUCGGCUUAUAUUUGAUAUAUUUCGAAAAUUGUUGGUUGAUUUUUUAGGUUUUUUUUUUCCAUUUGUUUGUAUUUCGCAUUUUUGUACGAUUUUUUUUUGAUUUAUUUGUGUAUUUCGAAUUUUCUAUUUACACUUACUAUUUUUGAUUUUUUUGAAUUUUGUUGGUUGAGUGUUUUUUUUUUUUUUUUCAUUUGUUUGUAGAUGAAUACAUUAUUUUUGAUCUUUAAUUAAAAAAAUGCAUUAAAAAGCAAAAAAUCGUAGACUAGACCAAACCGUUGUAGAACGGUUUGAUCCAAUCCGGACUAGUGUCUUGAUUGGUUUGGUCUAGUCUGAAAAAUUUUCAGACUAAAAUUUAUAGUCCGGUUUGAUUUUUCUAUCAAACCAGACCGGACCGUGUGCAGUACUACUUGAACCUAUCCCCCACUACGAUCACGGUUGGGUGGGUGUUAAGUGGUCUAGGGCUUUAAUGGGUUUGUGGGUAAUUAGGGUGUAUGCGUGAUAUUCAGUGGCGGACCCAGCUAGGGGCAAGGGGGGGCAGUGGCCCCCCCAAUUUGAAAAAAAAAAAUCAUAUUUAAAAAAAAAAAAAAAUUAUUUUUUGCGACCACUUAGCGACCACCUAGCGACCGAAAUUCCCGUCGCUAAUAACCUUUAAAAAAAAAAUAAAAACGGCAGCCUUAGCCUACCAGCCUUCCUUCUCAUUUCGAAACAAACCAAACCCUAAACGCAUUCGACAGGCAGCCUUCCUCUUCCUCUUCCAAAUCUGAAAUCUCCACCGCCACUGCGCCACAGCCCACAAACGGCAGCCUUCCUCUUCCUCUUCGUCGCCAGUCGCCACAGCCACAGGCCCACGGCCUUCGACAUUCGACACUACAGAGUCACAGACACUCAAUUCCAUACUUCCUCUUCGUCCGUUCGUCGCUCACAGUCACUGACUGUUCUUCCUCUUCGCUACUCGCUUCCUCUUCCUCUUCUCUUCAAUUCCAUACUUCGACAGAGGACAGACACGACAGACGACAUUACACUUCGUCACUUGCUAUCAUGAAAGCAUGGCAGAAGGCAUGCCAUUGUAGCCAAGGUCCAUCAAAGGUAGUCAUCCCUGAAGGCAUAUAUAUGGUGGCUCAAGUAAUAUUUGCAGGUCCAUGUAAAUAUGAAGUAAUUGUUGAGCUUCAAGGAACAAUGGUGGCAGAUAAGGAUGUUAGCCAAUUCCCAAACCAUGAAUUUGUUGUGUUUCAAGAUGUGGAUGCUGCUACUUUCACUGGACCAGGAACCAUUGAUGUCUCUAACCAAGCCUCUAAGUACAACACACUUGACCAAAAUAAGGACGUUGACUUCUUUAAUCUAAUGGCUUCUAUCAAAAUAUUAAAGUCGAAAAAUGUGUUGGUGGAGAGAAUCACAUCUGUAAAUCCUUCAGCAUACCAUGUAUUAAUUGUGGAGAGCGAAAAUGUGAAGGUCCAGAAUAUGAAAUUGAAUGAAAAAUCAAUGAAAAAUAAGAAAAGUAAGACUAAUAAUGGAAUAUAUAUUGGUGCAUCAAAUAAUAUAAGUGUGAGCAGUAGCAUUAUCAAUACUGGUGGUGACUGUGUUACUGUUGCCCCUGGCUCACUUCAUAUUUCUAUCUCUGCACUCACUUGCCAAUCUGGUCAAGGAAUUAGUAUUGGAUCAAAAGCAUACAUAGAUACGUCAUUAGAUGUGAAGGGGGUAAUAGUGAAGGAUUGCAGUUUCAAGGAAACCACAUUUGGUGUUAGGAUUAUUCCUCGUUUGGAAGCCAAAACAAGCCUUAUAUCUGACAUCAAAUUUGAGGGUUUGAAAAUGGAGCAAGUUCAAGUCCCUAUUGUCAUUAACCAACUACAACCCCUCCUUAAUCCAUUAGAGACAAUACAAGCAAAGAUAGUUGGUGUUGAAUAUAAGAACAUACAAGGUACUACAACUGGAAAGAAUCCACUCUCGUUUUCAUGCAACAGUGAAACUCCUUGUGAAGGUAUUGAAGUGGUCAAUGUUGAUCUAAGCUUCAUUGACAAAUUACCCUUAAAUGCAAAUCAUGGUAUUAAUCUUAACAGUUUGAUUGGCCCAACAUUAAUACCAGGAGAUGCAUUGAAACUUUUGGUUAAAUGUUUAAAUGCAAAUGUAUUAUUUAGAGGUGAGAAUAAUGGAUUAGGUUGUAAUCUACUUCAAUAACUCGUAUAUUAUAUAGUAUAUGUAUGUAUUUGGGAAGAAAUUAUAUAUUGUAUAUGGGUUUUAUUAAGGAAACUAAAUUAGUAAAAGUGUAUUAUAUGCUUCAAUAAAAUUAAUAAAUUAUCACC